GUGAGCGAGCCGGGUGGCAGCGAGCGGAGCUGCCCGCAGCUCCCGGGCACUGCCAGCUCACAGCCAGCGCUCCGCGGCACGGCACGGACGGGCUCUGGCGGCUCAGGUCCGGGCUGAAGCAGCAGGGAAGGCGGCCGGCAGGCUGCAGGAUGGAUUCCACUCGGCCUGGCUGCAGGUGAGGGGCCGGAUCCGCUGCAGGACGAACUGCGAGCAGCCGCCGGGCCAGCGCAGCCUUAUCUGCAGCGGGAGCGGAGUUAAUGUGUAACCCGGCUGUGUUUGGUUAGCCCAGAAAAGCAAAGAAGUCCUGGGAUAGGCACGGCCGGGACAAGGCAGCACGGAACGACAGACAGCCUGCCAGGAUAUUCCUGCUGUGCCCACCUCCAGGGCAGCCCGUGCUAUGCCUAGGAAGGAGCUGGGGAUGGCUGGCUGCAACUCUGGCAGCUGUGACAGCAUGGUCAGCACGGCCUCCAACCACUCGCAGCGGAGUGACAACAGCUAUGACUAUUUAUCUGUGGAAGAGAAAGAGUGUUUGAUGUUCCUAGAGGAGACCAUUGGCUCCCUGGAUGCAGAGGGGGACAGUGGGGUGUCCACGGAUGACACCGACUACGGGGAGCCCUCCAAGGCCAGGAAAGGCCCUGUGCCCCGGGCUUUGGGGAACAGGACUCCCCCUCCAAGCAGAGAUCAGCAGCGUGGGGCUGAACAGAGGAGUGGUGGAAGCAUCUCUGCCCUGUCCAGCUCGGCCCCAGCGGCUGCUCCAGGCCCAGGUUGUUCCAGCCUUCCGAGGAACAUCCCUGCAGCAAACGGAGCUUCUGGCAGCCAAGGAGGUGUCCACACCGUGCCAGCAGGACAACCUGCCCAGGAGGUGCCCAAGGAGGGACGGCUGGACCAAGCCAGCGCAGGAAGCCACACCAAAUCCGUGAUUAUCCAACCUCCAGACCCCUUCCAGGAUGACCUGGAGUGGUCGCGCAGCUCAGAUGCCAAGGGGGAGGAGGCCAAAGAGACCAAGAUUCGGACUGCAUGGGGCCACCCGGAGAAAUCCACACUGGAAGAGGCCCCUCAGGAGCCCGAUGCCAAGCGUGGGCCUCCAACCGCCCCCAAACCGCGGAAAUUGCCCCCAAACAUCAUCCUGAAGACCAGCAGGAACAGCCCCGUGCUGGAGCACAACCAGAAGGCAAAAGCAGCACCUCCAGCCUCAGCCACCUCCCACCCCAGCCCUGCCAGCGACAGCACUGCUGAAAAGGGGAAUUCAGGCCACCUCGACCCCAAGGAGAAGGAGAAAGCCCGGCGGGAAGCCCUGGAGAAGCUGGGACUGCCCCAGGACAGGAGGGAGCCCAGCGCCCACCUCCAUCCCCACGCCAGGGAGCCGCCGCUCCCCAGCGCUGGGCAGCCCGGGGAGGGCUCCGUGACAGGGAUCCGGCAGAUCACCUUCAAAUCCAACACCCUGGAGCGCUCCGGGGUGGGGCUGGGCAGCUCCAUGGGCAGCGCCAAGGAGCAGAACACCCGGAGCAGCAGCAGCUCCCUGGGCAAGAUGUCCUUCAUCGAGCGCCUGGCCCCCAGCUUCCUCCGCAGCCGCCCCCGGCCCGCCUCCCUCGGGGCAGGGAAGGACUUUGGUGGCCUGAAGGAGCAGGAGGAGAAGGACAAGAGCAGCAAGAGGAGGUCCCACCCUCUGCCCAGCUUCCCCAGGCCACCGCGCUCCGCCGUGAGCGUGAAGAUCUCCCCGAAGGGCGCGGCCGACGAGAACCGGCGCGAGGCGCUCAAGAAGUUGGGGCUGCUGAAGGAAUAGCUCCUGGGGCUGCUGGAAAAGGGGGUUUUCACCCCAAACCCAGCGGCCAGCACUGCCUGGGGCCUUGGGCACGAGCAGCUGCUGCCAGCUCCUGCCCUGGGAGCUCCUCAGCAAACGGAGGAACGCCGCGUGGACAGAAUAUUUUGUGUAGCAGAUGUACAUGAGCUAUUUAUACAAAGCAUCUCUCAGCACGGACGGGGUGUGCUCUCCUGCAAGGGCUUUCAUGCAUCUGGGGAUUCAUCAAAACAGGGAAGCCAUGGAAUUAGGGGUUUGGCUUGUUUUCAAAGGGGUUGCCUGUGGAUAAAGUGUCUCUGGGAAGAACUGCUGGACUUUGCUGCUCCUUUAGGACUUUUUUGGGUUUGUUUUUUUUUGUUAAUUUUAUCACAGUCUCUGAGGCUUGAACACUCAUCUGCCACGUGGAAGUGCCUCAACAAAGCCACCACUGCCUGCUGGGUGGGCUGGAGGGCUGCACAGACAUCCCAGUGCCUCCCCUGCCACAUUCUGCUCCCCACCCAGCCCUGACCUGGAAGAGCACCUGGGAGAGGCUUGAACUGCAGGAACUGACAGCUGAGGAGGCCAGAGGCUGUGCUGGUGUCAGUGCUGCCCAAAAAUGGGGCAGAUGCAAGGCUGGGACAGCUCCAGCUCAUCCUGGCACCUCUCAGGCCCAGCUAAUGAUGCCAACACCUUGCUGCUCACCUUGGGGAACAGAGGUGGUUGGUGUCCCUAAUAAACCUGUGUGUGAUCAGAAA